UUUCGAUAAAACCCUAGAUUCAAGCUCACUUGGUCUCGCGUCAUGGCCUCACUACCGCCUCCCUACAGCUCGUGUCGUCGACUCUGUCGCGACUUUGCCUCAUGGCAAGACCAAAGCGGCGCGCCACUAAGUUCAUCCCCAACCGCACCACCCUCCACCACCCCCCGGUGGUAGCGCCGAUCAGUGUGGUGGACCACUGCCUCCCCUACGAGAAGCACAACCUCUACGAUGUCACCUUCAACAACACCAUCCUUCGCGACCACCACCACCGCGUCCUCACCGUAGGCCUCGACGUCCUUCUUUUUUUCUAUUUUUUCGAACCCUUUUUUUUUAUCUUUUUCCUCAAUUGCUAAUGCCCCUUUGGUUGUUGCUGUUGUGAGGGUUUUUUUAUUUUAUUUUGGGAAAGUGAGGCAAAUUGCAAAGAAGUUGGGCUGAAAUAUGUUGCCAAGGUUGGCCCUGCUUACAGCUCUUCUGGGCAAUGGUUGUCAUGCGCAAGUGGUUUAACAUGGGGAGCUAUGAGUCUGAUUUCAGAGCUGAUCGAAGUCCACGAGUGCUUUUGCGAGAUUAUCUCUAUGGCAGGACGAGAACCAAAAACCAAAAGAAGAAGAAAAAGCUACCGUUUUGUGCAUGUGUGUGACCUCCCAUCAAGGGAGAUUGAUUGCUACCAUAAAGUUUGAAGUUAUGUGAUGGGGAUCUGGGUUCAAUGAAAAUCUAAGGAUCUAAUGGCUCCUUUCCACUUGCUUUAAGAGUCUUGGCAGUCUGGAAACUACAGGCUUACAUGAUAGUGAUACAAUUAUUUUCUUACAUUAUAUGAUUAUUUUCAGUUGUCUAUUUGCCAUAAAAAAAUUCUAUUAUUGACCUUUGUUCUUGUUUGAAACUUUUAAUGUGAGAAAAUUAAGUAGUUGAAACUAAUUUACACAAUAUUAGAACUUCAAAAUAACUUUGUUCAUUUGCUUUGAGUAGUGGUUGUUGUUUCUAAUGGCUUGAAGGCAUAGGAUAAGUCCCCUGCUAAGAUUGAUCCACGGCUUCUUGAUGUGAAGCAUCUCUUUUAGGGAUCUGUGGAACCACAACCUAAGGUGGUGGAUGUACUUAGAGAUACUAAGCAAAAAAGGCACCCUGAUGGCUAUGAAGAUGGAAACACAACUUUGAGGAAGGUGUCUUCAGCUGCAAAUUUCAUUUGGUCAUGUGUAGGUGGAGGAUUCAAGUUAGAAAAGCUCUUUCACCAAUUCAAAAGCCUGAUAUUCACUCUCUCUCUGUUUUUAAUAAAUACGGGUGAUUUGAUAUUCACUCCUAAGAUUGCAAAAAAAAAGGUGUUAAUAUGGUUGCUCUAAUCAUAUGCAUACUUCUAAGACAUCAUCGUGAUUCUAUAGUUCUAUGAUUUGAUGAACACAAUCCCAUCAUUCCAAUAUAACUAUGUAACAGUAAAGAUAGUGAUACUCAAUCUCCUUAGCCAGAGUUCUAGUGUAUUAUUACCCCUUAGCUGGAAGGUUGAGGAGUGUGGAUGAUCACACUCACAAGCUUGAGGUGGAUUGCAACGGAGAAGGUGCUGUUUUUGCUGAGGCUUUCAUGGCCAGAGUUCUAGUGUAUUAUUCCUCCUCUCAUAAUACAGGAAAUGGUAGUUAUUACUACUACCAUGGGAGAAUUUGGAUGGAUACUGAUGGAAAUCCUAUUCAAGCUCAUGGAGGGGGCAUUCUAUAUGAUGAAAGAUAAAGAACAUACUAUUGGUAUGAAUAUAAAGAUGGGCCCACGUACCAUGCUCACAAGAGAGCAUCUGCUCGGAUGCGGCUGAACAAAGUUUCGGAGCUAAUACACAAUUCCACCAAUCACCAGAAUUUGGAUAGUGCAGGGGUUUCAGUUCAUUUUCAAGAGAUUGUGGAUUUGGAUGAUGGAACAUAUGAGGCGGUUGCACGAAGUGAUUUUGUGAUUACCAGGGUGGCUUUUCGGGACAACUCCUCUAAGUAUUACAUUAAUGACCGCACAAGUAACUUUACAGAAGUUACGAAGAAACUAAAAGGGAAAGGUGUUGACCUUGACAAUAACAGGUUUCUUAUUCUUCAGGGUGAAGUUGAGCAGAUUUCACUUAUGAAACCAAAAGCUCAAGGGCCUCAUGAUGAAGGUUUUCUAGAAUAUCUGGAGGAUAUCAUUGGAACCAACAAAUAUGUGGAAAAGAUUGAUGAAUCACACAAACUUUGAAACUGAGAAAUACCGCUCUGAGCUUGCUAAAGUUCGUGCUGAGCUUGAACCUUGGGAAAAAGAUUUGAUUGAGCACAAUGGAAAACUUGAAGUUGCAUGUACAGUGGCUAAGCUUCUAAAUGAUAAGCAUGAAGGUGCUUUCUCAAGCCUUUGAAGAUGCUCAAAAGCAGACGGAAAUCAUAUCAGAAACAAUUAAAUCAAAAACUGCCAGCAUUUGUCAAAUCAACAGUGAUAUAGAAAAGAGGAAGCAUGAAGGAAUAUAUGGUCACAUGGGUGAUUUAGGUGCUAUUGAUGGUAUUAUUUGAACACAGAUGAUGACAGUCACGAGACUUCUAAAAGGGCUCGAACUUAUUUCAGUUCUCGUGUACAAAGUGAUGAUGAUCUCGAUGGGAUGCACCAAACUGGGAACGAUCAAGAUGAUGAUAAAUUUGACGAUGAAGCCGCGGAGAUGCAUCAAGUUCAAGGAACACUUCAAGAGUGGGUUAUAAGAGAUGAAGUACACUGCUUCAUAGCCAGAAAUUUCAAGAACUUCUUACUCGCAUAUAUUAAUCCAAAAAACUAACAUCUAGGCAAGGAACAUGUGUGGCUGAUAAAUGAGAUGGUGUCAGGUAAAUGUAUUUUCUACAACAUUCAUGCCUUCUAUACUUGUAACAGUGAGCAUUGUCUUUUUUCAUCGGCUUAGUCACUAUUGUCGUUUAAUGCAGCUAGUAAGUGCAGUUUGGAGAUAUAAUACAAAAACUUAACCAAUGUUCAUCCCUAAUUUGACUCUUGGUUGGUUGAUGGGCCUCGAUAUGUUUUAGAAGUAAUGGAAGAUGUUACCAAAAAGCAUUGUCUUUGAUUACAUCCAAAUUACAAAAAUAUACACCAAAAGAUUUAUGUAUGCAUAACUAACUUGACUGCUUAUGAUCGGAUUCGAAAUAUAAGGUAAUAUAAAAAAGCAGAACUAAUGUGUUACCCCCAUUUUCCUCCCUUUUUUUAUCGGAUGAAAAACUUAAAGUUGCUUCUUUGGAGCAAGCGGAGCCACUUGAAUACAAUGAUACGAAUUGGGGGAGUAAUAACCAAACGCUCUGGAGUUUUCCCCCCAAUUGCAGCAAGUGAAGUAUGACUACAACAAAUGUAGGGCAAUUUUGGGACCUUUUUCCCAGAAUUCCUAUUUAGGGGUGAAAGUUGGAUAUUGUCCCGCGUGUCAAUCGAAAGGACCAUUCUCUAUCAAUAUUGAUCAGGUUUAACUUUUUCAAAUUCCUUUUUUCUUUUGGUUUUGCUAAAUAAGUUGAGAGGGAAUAUCUAAAUUUCAUCUUUGGAUGCACCAAUGUUGAUGAAUAUAGAUCAUCGUUUUUACUAGGCCAAAUGAUUGCAAAAGGUUUUAUCCAUUGAGAUGUUACUUAAGAGAUAAAAAGAUACACAAACUUACGUUUUGCUUUCUAUACUUGUUGUAGACAACUUAUAGGAAUUUCCACAAGCUUACUCUUCAAGAGGGCCCUGGAAUAGUUCCCGCUGGUCGAGUUCCAAGAAACAAGGAAGUGAUAUUAGUGAAUGAUCUGAUUGACUAUGCUCGCAUAGGGAAGAAAUUGUAUCAUGGUUAACUUGGACAGAUUAUUUUUUGGUCUCGAGUAUUGUACAUUGAUUUUCUUAUGUAUUUUAUAUUUUCUGUUUCAGGAGGUCAGAGAACUUUGAAUUAUCCCUAAACACAAAAAAUGGGUUUCUUGUGUUUGCCACCGUUGUUUAAGCAAAUUAUGUUACUGUAAAGAAACAUGUCUUGUCUCCCUACAAACCUACAUAGGAAGACAGAGAAGAGAUUGAAAAUUUGGGCAAAGACCCUCGAAUAGGAGAAAGGGAUGUUGUUGAACCGAACACUGCUGAAAUGCUUGCAACGUUUGUCGUUGACAAUCACUUCAAGUCACAAGAUGUCCAUGUAUUGCCCUGCCAGCUGAUCCAGAGAUACUUCCUCAAGAGCUACCGAAGAAGUACAUUACAUAUGCCAAGUUGAAUAUUUCUCCACGUUUAGAUGAUCUCAAAAUGGUUAAAGAUGAACUGUCAGAAACCUAUGCUGAACUGCAGAGGAAAUCUUCAUAUGGACAAGGAGUCCAUAUCGCCAUAAGACACCUUGAAUCAAUGAUAAGGAUGUCUGAAGCUCAUGCAAGAAUGCAUCUCAAACAACAUGUUACACAAGAAAAUGCUGACAUGGCAAUUCGUGUUCUACUUUAAUCAUUCAUUUCAACUCAAAAUUUUGGGGCGCAGAAAGCUCUUCAAAAGAAUGCUUUUCUUUCAGAAGAAAUUGUCACUGGAUUUGCUUCGGGUCUAACAUACCUAGAUGUCGAAGUAGAUAAUCUCUGCAACAAGGGAUUUUACGUGAUGGAGAGCGCGUGGAAGAGGAAAUGUGAUUCGCCGUUUCAGCCGUCCACGUCCGCGGCGGUUCCGUCUGCACCGGUGCCGGAGCCGGAGCCGGAGAUAAACACAAGCCAUUGUCUUUAUCCACAAUUUCCUCAUGGCUUAAGAUCAAAAUUUGUUGGAGGGAAGCAAUGCCCUGUUUACCAAAGCUUUCCCCACUCAAUUACCCAUGGAUCAGGCCAAGCCGACACUGGAAGUUCAUUUCUGUCUCUCCUUUAUGCUCCUCCAUCCUUGUUACAGCAUGAGUCUUGGGAUUUGUCUAAUCACAAGCUUUGCAUCUCAUCUUGUGAUUGUACUGCUGCUAUUGGGAAUUCUGUUGUUGGUUCCAUAGAAAGUGGAACCUUCCGAACAUCUGGUGUGGGGUUGAUGACAGAAAAUUUAAUAAACCGUAACCUGCAAAGUUGGGUGACUACUUUUCCUGAGAUUUCUUCCAGGGCAAUGGUUGGUCUGAAGAAUAGUAGUAAUUUUGUCUUCCAUGAUAUUCAGAGUAGCAAUACUGCUACUCAGCCCACAAUUCCUGGUGGUGAGAAAGCUAGGGAGUCUUUUUCUUCUUCAGGUCAGUGCCAAGGUACAAGCCCUGCAUGUAGUCUAAAUGUUUGCUGGUCAGAUGUUCAAACUACACCAACUGUUGCUUUAGAACAAAGCUCAUCUAAGUAUGCAACACCUUUUAUGAGUGGGUGCCCUCGUGUGUUCUGCAUGGGAAAAAGUGGCCAUCUUCUUCUUAGCAAUACAGGGCUUCUUGGUAUUGUUUGCUCAUGCCAUUGUUGCCACAUGUCUGUUGUUAAGUUUUGCGAGCAUUCAGGGUUAUAUGGUGUAGACCCAGGGGAAGCUGUUCGUAUGGAAAGUGGGGAGACCAUUUCUCAGUGGCAGAAGCAAUACUUCUUGAAGUUUGGGAUUAGGUCUCUGGGAAAUGAGAAUGAAUGGGACUGGCCAGAAGUAUUAUCAACAACAGGAAGUCUGAUGAGAUCCAAUGCAUCUGCAUUUGAUAUGUCCAAGACUAAUUUGUCUCAUAUGUUGAGUUCAUCUGCAGUCAUGUCAAGGUCUGCAAAGUCUUCUGACUAUGCCGUGUUUCCAAAAAACGCUCAUGCAGACAACAAUUUAUUUAUUGAUGCAUUGUCCAGUAAACAAGCGACAACAAUCCAGGAUGGUUGCAACAUUCCACUCAAAGGUUUUACUGGUAUUUCACAAAACAGCUUGUAUGAUCAGUUGAAAAACCAGCUAACGGUAUCUAAUCUGGCUAUGUAUACAACUGCACCAAACUUUGUUGGAACUCAAUUGGAUGAUGGUUGUCAGCCAAUACCUCCUUUCUUUGAUUCUCAAAAAAGGAAAGGAAAUUUGUCUAGUGCCCACUCUCCUUUGCAAAUUCCAACAAGCCUUUUGAAAGACCAUGAUUGCAUCAAAAAGAAGAAUGCUAAUGAUGGUCUUGUAGGCAAAGAUGCAGCUUCUUCCAAUAUUGAUCUUAGGCUUGGUCAACCACCUCAGACAGGAAAUCUACUUCCAUCAUUUGCAGAACCACUGCUGUUUAAUGCCCUUGCCAGUCCUCCAAAAUCACAACCUCUGAAGCAGAUGAUUAAUAAUGCAGACCUCAGCAGGGAGGAGGAAUUACAGAAUAAUUUUAGCUAUGCUGCUGGUUCAAUCAAAAUGGUUCAAGAAAUGCCUCAGCUUAAACUCAAUAACUAUAUGUCUGCUGUGGGUAAUGCUUCUGCUAGAGCUAGAUCAGAAACUAAAAAUGUGGCCGAGGGUUUAUCAUUUUCACCAUUUCUGCAAUUUGAUAAUCAAUCUGGGGGAAAGACAAAAGCUAGUGAAAAUUUGUGGAAUGAUGAAAGCUCUAUCAUGCCCAAGAAACUGUAUUCUGAUUACGGCCACACUGGAAGGCAAUCAAACAAUUCUGGCAUAAGGACCAAUAAAAGUUUGAACAAUGAUAAAGGGGUGAACUUUGCUAAAGACUCUGGUGUUAAAAUAAAUUCUGGUUUUGGUAUUGGUCAGUUAAUGGAAUAUCCAAGCUCCAUCAAGAGAGCUGUUAGUGCUAGUGAUAUUUUGGUUGUUAACGGAAAGAUACAUGAAUCAAGCUUACCAUCAGAUACAUCUGUGUGUGCAGAUAUUUUGCAUGGUUCAAACAAUGUAUCUUUUCUUGGGCAAGAAAAUCAUACUCCACAAACAUCCAUUCCAUUUAAAGGGAUUUUGAAAGGCCUUCCCCAUCAUGUUUCAAGUUCUGUGUCAAAUCAGACUCCUAUUUUGCCACAGCAGCAGCAGGGCAUUAAUAUGGAUGCUUAUUUGCUUGAUGAAAACAUGAGGUUGCUUGCAUUGUCACAGAUACUGGAGUUAUCUAAGCAACAGCAUGCAUUGUAUCUUAAAUAUAUCAAUCAGAAGCAAGGGAGAUCCAGCUGUAUUUCAAAAGUUCAGCAUUAUAGGUGUGAGGCUUCAACAUCUGAACAGGGAACUUCUGGUGCAACGUUGAAAUUGUCCCAAAAUAGAGGAAUUUGGGGGAAUCACGAGAGUACUGUUGGUUUAGAGAAACUGGCUUCCCUCACAGGUAUGAAUGGAUAUUGCCAUUUGUCUGGCCUGCCACCAAUACCUUUACAUUCUAAAGAAAAGGAAUCACGAUGUAAUGAGUCUUAUGACCUUCAAAAUGAAGACACUUCUUUAAGCCUUGGUAUAAACAAAGACAAUACCAGAUCAGGUGCAUGUGAAAAAUGUUCUGAGCAACCAUCAAAUAUAUGUUUGGGAGGCAAGUACUCUUGCGCUGCUCAGACAAACUGUUGCAGAAGCAAUUUUUUCUCAGGAAUUGAACCCCUUUGUUACAACUUAAAGCAAAAACUUGGUAAUGCCAGUGGUGAAACUUCUUUGAAGAUGGCUUCAGAUUUGAGUAGAGAUGUGGAUACAUCAAAGGGAAAAAAUAUCCUCAUUGAGCAGGGUGGGAAGUUAGAUGGCCAAGACUCAAUCAAAAUUGGCUUUCAUACACCUCAAUGGAGAGAUGUGCCAAGUAAGGUCAGGAAAGCAGUUUGUGAUGCAACAUCUUUAGAUCAGACAGCUACUGGUUUGGAUUGGGAAGGACAAGAUGGUGUUCAACUUGGAAACAUUUCUAUGAAACGCUUCAAAAGAACUAUUGGCAUGGGAGACAUCUCAAAAGAGCAAAAAAGUUCUAAUGUUUCUUCUGGAUGCUCUGCUCCUGUGGUUACUCAGGCAUCUGUGGAGGUCAACAAAAUUGAUUCCUGUACUGAUGAUGCUGUAGACACUGGCUUUGUCAACAACCUUGUAGUUGAUGAAGGGUCAGGUAUUGAUCAAGGCUGGUCGUCAGAUUUGGUUGAAAGAAGUGAUGAGUUUCUAGGCUCGACCACUGGGAGUUGCUUGAAAAAUGAUUAUCUGAGAGUCUUAUAUGAUCAACCAUGUUGCAAUCUCCUUGAUGACCUUAAACUGUUGGAUUCCUUGAUAUGGAAGAAAGGACGGAAUCAAAAUCAUUUUGUGCUUUCUUCUAAUUGUAAAACCAAUCAAUCUCAAAAAGUCAAGAAAGUCCUUAAAGGAAAAAAGCGAAAGAGAAAUGUGGUGAGGAUUGUAGAUGCUUCAUCUUCCUUAUUGCAUAAAAAGAAUGAAGAAGGUGCUGGGAUUUGUAAUUCCUCUUCUAGUUUGUCAAGAGAAAUGCAAAUGCACUCUUUGUCUAGCCUGAAAAAAUCAUCUAACAAGUCUUCCUUCGUUCAACCUAGUAACAAACAAAAACAUACUGCAUAUUCAUCCAAAUUUCUUUCUUGUAAGAAUCGUCUGAACAAGCAUCAAAGUUUCAAAGUUGGCUAUGAGUCAGAAUCAAGCUCUGAUGCUGAGUUUCACACAUUGCCUGGAGUUUCAGGAACAAAGAAAUUGGAAAAGGAUCUCAGUUCUGAUUGUUUUGAACAGUUUCAAAUGCAAGAACUAGCCUAUGAGGAACCUGAAAAUGAUAAACUGAGGCCAUUCUCUUGCAGGAAGGAAAAUGCUCAUAGAAUCACAAGGCCAGUAGUAGUAUGUGGAAAAUAUGGUGAAAUAUCUAAUGGGCAUUUGGCUAGAGAGGUGCAAAAACCAGCAAAAAUUGUCUCUCUCAGCAAGGUUCUUAAAUCUUCCAAAAGAUGUAUGGGCCAUACAAAUGGAAAACCCAGACUAACUUCAAAAAAGAAAUGGAAGAGAUUGAGCAUUGAAACAAGUAGUGGGCACUGCUGUAGGAACCCUGGUUUGAAAAUUAAGGAACACAAUGAAACCGAGAAUACAAUAUUUUUAAAUGAAACAAAUGUUGAUGUGUCCAUGGAAGAUUUGGAGAGAGGUGGCAAGCCACCUGCUGUAUAUAAAGGGAAGAGAGAUGCCAAAGCUAAGCAGGGUGAUAGUGUUGGAAAUAGAGCUAAUAUUUCAUUGAAGGUGAAGAACAAGGAAAUUCGGAAACAGCGUAGUAUUAAUGAACUCACUGCUAAAGAAACCAAAGUGAUGGAUAUGACGAAAUGUGCUCAAGAUCAGGAGCCUGGUUUGUGUGGCACAAAAAGUAGAAACUCUAUUCAAGGUCACACGAGCAUAUCCACCAUAAAUUCAGAUGCUUUCUGCUGUGUGUGUCGACGCUCAACCAAUGAUAAAAUCAACUGUUUGUUGGAGUGUAGUCGAUGUCUGAUUAGAGUACAUCAAGCUUGCUAUGGUGUUUCCACAUUACCCAAAAAAAGUAGUUGGUGUUGCAGGCCAUGCCGAACAAACUCAAAAAAUAUUGUAUAUCCCGCUUGUGUCCUUUGUGGUUAUGGAGGUGGAGCCAUGACUCGAGCAAUAAUGAGUCACACGAUUGUCAAGAGCCUCCUCAAAGUGUGGAAUUGUGAGAAAGAUGGCAUGCCUAGGGAUACAACUUCAUGUGAAGUUCUUGAAAAGGAAAUAGAUGCAUUUCCAUCCUCAAAAGAUGGACUAGAAGUUGAUCAAGAAAGUGUUUUGAAGCCGAAAAUCGUUGAUACAUCAACAGAUCUGAUGAAUCAAAUAUCUACAAAUCACAUACCACACACCCCAACCUCUUUUUCAAAUUUCAAGGUACAUAACAGCAUUACAGAAGGGGUUCUUGAUCCAACUGUUAAACAAUGGAUUCAUAUGGUUUGUGGUCUUUGGACUCCUAGAACAAGAUGCCCUAAUGUUGACACCAUGAGUGCUUUUGAUGUAUCUGGUGUUUCACGUCCAAGAGCAGAUGUGGUUUGUUCCAUUUGCAAUCGAUGGGGUGGUUCUUGUAUAGAGUGCAGGAUUGCUGAUUGCUCUGUCAAGUUUCAUCCUUGGUGUGCUCAUCAAAAGAACCUCUUGCAAAGUGAGACUGAAGGUAUUAAUGAUGAGAAGAUUGGAUUUUAUGGAAGAUGCAUGCUUCAUACUAUUGAACCUAGAUGUCUGUUCAUAUAUGAUCCUCUUGAUGAAAUUGGCAGUCAAGAACAAAAGGAAUUCACCUGUGCGAGGGUAGAGGGUUACAAGGGCCGUAGGUGGGAUGGUUUUCAGAAUAAUCAGUGCCAAGGUGGAUGCCUUGUUCCUGAGGAGCAGCUAAAUGCUUGGAUACACAUUAAUGGGCAGAAAUUAUGUUCGCAGGGACUUCCAAAAUUCCCAGAUUUAGAUAUUGAGCAUGAUUGUCGAAAGGAAUAUGCUCGGUACAAACAAGCAAAGGGAUGGAAACACCUUGUUGUAUACAAGUCCCGAAUACAUGCCCUUGGUCUUUACACUUCUCGAUUUAUUUCCCGGGGUGAAAUGGUUGUUGAGUAUAUUGGUGAAAUUGUGGGGCUGCGUGUGGCUGAUAAAAGAGAAAAGGAAUAUCAAUCUGGAAGGAAACUUCAGUACAAGAGUGCCUGCUACUUCUUCAGGAUAGACAAAGAACAUAUUAUUGACGCCACAAGGAAAGGGGGGAUUGCUCGAUUUGUUAACCACUCAUGCCUGCCAAAUUGCGUGGCAAAAGUGAUCACCGUAAGGCAUGAAAAGAAGGUCGUCUUCUUGGCAGAAAGGGACAUAUUUCCUGGUGAAGAGAUUACGUAUGAUUAUCACUUUAACCACGAAGACGAAGGAAAGAUUCCAUGUUACUGCUAUUCAAAAAAUUGCAGGCGCUAUAUGAACUGAUUGCAGUUGUAAGUUAUGGUUUGUUGCAUGUUCGACCCACAUGGAUAGUGUUCAUGAUGCUUGAAAAUCUCUUUACCCAUUGAAUUCGGGGGCAGGGUGCUGCAACGCAAUCGACAAGGAGGUGCUAAAGUUUUGUAGCCUUUUGUAAAACGAGCUUCCCUGGAAAUGUACCUUACAAAGUGUUUGAAUUUUUCAUGUCUUGAAUAGUUGAAUUGUUUUUUGCUAGCUUCAA